AUGACGAGCCGAUCUUGCCGGCUCGCAGUGACGAGCAUCGCGCAGCAAACAUCUGCACCGUUAUCCAAGUCGACAUGUCCACAUUCUAGCGCUGCUGGACUGCUACGCCCACAAAGAAGAGUAAAAAACCUGCCUCCCGUUUCCUCGAUAUGCUCGCACCACCCCUCACGGCGGCGACAGCAGUCCUCGUGGGCGGCCGCAGUGAAUGUCGCGCAAAAUGUCAUGAGCAGUCCGCCACCGGACGCUCCCAUCAAAAUGGACCCGUUCCAGACGGUAGCACGGGAGAUGAAGUUCUUGACGGGGAACAUACGACAAUUGCUCGGCUCGGGCCAUCCAACUCUGGAUACGGUGGCAAAGUACUACACGCAGAGUGAGGGGAAAUACGUGCGGCCCAUGCUCGUCCUCCUCAUGAGCCGGGCAACAGCGUUGACGCCUCGAGGUCCGAGUUCAAGAGCCGGACGGAUACCAAGUGUAGACGCCUCCAUCAGCCACCCGACCAUUCUCGCAGACGAAAACCCAGCACGGCCAUGCUCGUCCGUCCGGGACGACGCCGCCUACACGACUGCGGACAGCGACAUCCUCCCCUCGCAACGCCGCCUCGCUGAAAUCACAGAACUCAUCCACACCGCCUCCCUCCUCCAUGACGACGUAAUCGACCACUCGGUCUCGCGCCGGUCCGCGCCCAGCGCAAACAUUGAAUUCGGCAACAAAAUGGCCGUCCUCGCCGGCGACUUCUUGCUCGGCCGCGCCUCGGUCGCGCUCGCCCGUCUGCGCGACCCCGAGGUGACGGAGCUGCUGGCGACGGUGAUUGCAAACCUGGUCGAGGGCGAGUUCAUGCAACUCAAGAACACGGCGCGGGACGAGACGAAUCCACAGUGGACCGAGGAGACGGUGUCGUACUAUCUCCAAAAGACGUAUCUCAAGUCGGCCUCGCUGAUUAGCAAGUCGUGUCGGGCGGCGGCCAUUUUGGGCGGCAGCAGCGACGACGUGGUCGAGGCGAGUUAUUUGUACGGCAAGAAUCUCGGCCUGGCCUUUCAGCUCGUCGACGAUAUGCUCGAUUACACCGUCUCGGGCGAGGAGUUGGGGAAGCCGGCGGGGGCGGAUUUGGAGCUCGGGCUUGCGACUGCGCCGUUGCUGUUUGCGUGGAAGGAGGAUGAGAGUUUGGGGCGGUUGGUGGGGAGGAAGUUUUCGGGUGAGGGGGAUGUUCAGAGGGCCCGCGACAUCGUAUCCCAAAGCUCCGGCCUCGAGCAAACCCGGGCGCUAGCACAGGAAUACGUCGACAAGGCCAUUGCCGCAAUCUCCUUCUUCCCAGACUCAGAGGCCAAGCAGGGGCUCGUGGAAAUGUGCACAAAGGUGAUGAAGAGGAGGAACACCACAACCAUCCUACUCCACCACCAUCCCACCACUCUCAAACACUCACCCAACAAUCCACAUCUGCCAAUACACCAAAGAAUCAGCCUCAAGGGCGAUGAGGAUGGAAAGGGGGGGGGGGGGGGGGUAAUGAAUGCCGUUGUGGCUGUCAUUUCGUAUACGGGGUACGACAUGGACGACGCCAUGAUUUUGAACAAAUCUGCACAUGAGCGUGGCUUCGGUUACGGUACCAUCUACAAGACCAAGAUCUGCGAUCUCGAAGAGGGCAGCCGGAAGAACCGGUCCGGAAGGACCAUCACGAAGAUGUUUGGCUUCGCCCCAGAAGGCUUCGUCAAAGCUGAGAGCAAGGAGACGCUCGAUGAAGAUGGCUUCCCUCGUAUUGGCACCAUGCUGCGUUCUGGCGACGUCAUCGCCGCAUGGCACACCGUUUCCUAUGAUCCCGCCGCCGACGACUACAUCAAUCGGGACGGCCAGACAAGCUUCUUCAAGUACAAAGAAGACGAACUUGCGUUUGUCGAAGAAGUCCGCAUCAUUGGCUCCGAAGACGGUACGCAGCCAUGCCAAAAAAUCAGCAUCAAACUCCGCGUACCCCGUCUCCCUGUCAUUGGCGAUAAAUUCUCCUCCCGCCACGGCCAAAAGGGCGUGGCUUCGCAGAAAUGGCCGGCUAUCGACAUGCCCUUUAGCGAAUCCGGCAUCCAACCCGACGUCAUCAUCAACCCUCACGCCUUCCCGUCCCGCAUGACAAUCGGCAUGUUUGUCGAGUCACUUGCGGGCAAAGCAGGCGCCCUCCAUGGCAUUGCCCAAGACUCGACCCCCUUUCGCUUUGAUGAGCAAAACACAGCCGUCGACUUUUUCGGCCACCAGCUUAUGAAGGCCGGCUACAACUACUACGGAAACGAGCCCAUGUACAGCGGCAUCACGGGCCAGGAACUCGCAGCCGACAUAUACAUUGGCGUAGUCUACUACCAGCGCCUGCGCCACAUGGUCAAUGAUAAAUUCCAAGUCCGCACCACGGGCCCCGUCAACUCAACCACCGGCCAACCCAUCAAGGGCCGCAAAAAGGGCGGCGGCAUCCGCGUCGGCGAAAUGGAACGCGACGCCCUCAUCGCCCACGGCACCGCCUUCUUACUCCAGGACCGUCUAAUGAAUUGCUCAGACUACACACGCGCCACCCUCUGCCGACAGUGCGGCAGCUUCCUCAGCACCGCGCCCACGGUCGCCGAGUUUUCGCGCAAGAAGGAGAGGGGCGGCAGGGACGUGGUUGUUCGCUGUCGGCGCUGUGCGAGGCCGGCGGAUGGCGUGCAGAGCAAGGCGGAUGUGUGGAUGGAUGGUCAGGGUAUGCGCUUUGUAGGUGGCGAUGAUGUCGGGGUUGUGGCGGUGCCGGGCGUGCUCAAGUAUUUGGAUGUUGAGCUGGCGAGUAUGGGGGUUAGGUUGAAGUUUGAGGUUCAGCCGUAG